CCCUUCCCACCCCAUACAUUUGAUUUGAUUUUGAAUUGGGUUCGUUUUUUUUUUCUGCGGGACUUUGGAAGAAACUGCCCGGCUUUUAGCAUGAUGUCUUACCUCAAACAGCCCCCUUACGGCAUGAAUGGGCUGGGGCUGACGGGCCCCGCCAUGGACCUGCUUCAUCCCUCCGUGGGGUAUCCGGCCACCCCACGGAAGCAGCGGCGGGAACGCACAACCUUCACCCGCUCGCAGUUGGAUGUGCUGGAGGCUCUCUUUGCCAAGACCCGCUACCCCGACAUCUUCAUGAGGGAGGAAGUCGCCCUGAAGAUCAACCUGCCCGAAUCCCGAGUCCAGGUCUGGUUCAAGAACCGCCGUGCCAAGUGCCGGCAGCAGCAGCAGAGCGGCGGCGGAGCCAAGAGCCGCCCGGCCAAGAAGAAAUCCUCGCCAGCUCGGGAGAGCUCGGGCUCCGAGAGCAGUGGGCAGUUCACGCCGCCGGCAGCGGCCUCCAGCUCGGCCUCCUCUUCCUCCUCCAGCUCGGCCUCCUCAGCCCCGGUGGGCGCCCCGGCAUCUCUCAGCACCCCGGCGUCAUCCAUCUGGAGCCCGGCUUCCAUCUCCCCCGGCGCGGCGCCGGCGGGGGUGACGGUGCCCGAGCCGCUGCCUCCGGCCGCCGCGUCCUGCAUGCAGCGGGCCGGCCCCGCCGCCACCGCCGCCUCCGCCAGCUACCCCGUGUCCUACAGCCAAGGCGGGGGGUACGGACAGGGGUACCCCGCGCCGCCCUCCUCGUCCUACUUCGGGGGCGUGGAUUGCAGCUCCUACCUGGCGCCCAUGCACUCCCACCACCACCCCCACCAGCUCAGCCCCAUGGGGCCCUCCUCGGUGCCAGGCCACCACCACCACCACCCGCUGAGCCAGAGCUCGGGCCACCACCACCACCAUCACCAUCACCACCACCACCAGGGUUACGGCGGCACGGGGCUGCCCUUCAACUCCUCCGACUGCCUGGACUACAAGGAGCCCGCUGCUGCCGCUGCUGCCUCCUGGAAGCUCAACUUUAACUCCCCCGACUGCCUCGACUACAAGGACCAGGCGUCCUGGCGCUUCCAGGUCUUGUGAGGGGCCGAUCACCAUCCCCCCAAGCUGCCACUGACCCCCCACCUGGGGUCCCCCCACCGCCUCCUGGGCAAGACUCUGGCUCUUCCUCCUCCUCCCUCUUUGUUAGCAGUGGCGAUGCCCUGGGGAGGUCCUGCCACCCCCAUCUCUACUGACUGAUAUUUAUUUUGCUUCCUGCAUCGCUCCACCAGGUUUAUUAUAAUUAUUAUUUUUUUAAACGCAA